UUCUCUCUAUUAACUGUCUUUCUCUAGCUAUAGCUACUUUAAUAUAUUAUAUAUAUAUGGCUUUUCAUUUAGUGCUAUUAUUUUCACUUGUUUUUUAUAUACUCAUCACUGGACCAUUAGUCACCAAUGCUGGCUAUUGGCCACCUUCACCUGGCUUCUAUCCAAGCUCCAAAUUUAGGUCCAUGACCUUUAACCAAGGUUUUAAAAACCUUUGGGGUCCUAGCCACCAAAGUAUCAACAAUAAUGCUCUUUCCAUCUGGCUCGACCGUACAUCAGGAAGCGGAUUCAAGUCGGUAAAACCAUUUCGAUCGGGGUACUUUGGAGCAUCCAUCAAACUCCAACCGGGUUACACUGCGGGAGUUAUAACAGCAUUCUAUCUUUCAAACAAUGAAGCACAUCCAGGGUUCCAUGAUGAGGUUGACAUAGAGUUUCUUGGAACAACAUUUGGGAAGCCAUACACAUUACAAACCAAUGUGUACAUUAGAGGAAGUGGUGAUGGCAAGAUUAUUGGGAGAGAAAUGAAGUUUCACUUAUGGUUUGACCCCACUAAAAACUUUCAUCACUAUGCUAUUUUGUGGAGUCCACAUGAUUUAAUAUUUUUUGUGGAUGAUGUGCCAAUAAGAAGGUACCCAAGGAAAAGUGAUGCAACAUUUCCGUUACGGCCAAUGUGGUUAUAUGGGUCAAUAUGGGACGCCUCAUCUUGGGCCACUGAAAAUGGUAAAUACAAAGCCGAUUACAAAUAUCAGCCCUUUGUUGGAAGCUUCACUAAUUUUAAAGCAACGGGUUGUUCUGCCUAUUCACCGGCAUGGUGCCACCCAGUCACGGCCUCUCCAGGCCGAGCUGGUGGCCUCAGCAAGAGACAACGCAUGGCCAUGCGAUGUGUUCAAACUCACUACAUGGUUUAUAACUAUUGUUGGGAUAACAAAAGGGACCAUUCCUUGACACCAGAAUGCUGGAAAUUGUAAGAUUGGAUUAUUUACCCAAUACAACUUAAGGUCACGUUGGUCCAUUGUGCCUUUUAAGUUAAAGGCUUUUAUUUUUUUUUUUACCCAUUUCUAUAUAGGGAAUGUUGUGAUGGGCCCACAAAAGGUUGGUUCAGCAUCCGAAGCCCUAUAAAAAUUUACGAGAAAGAGAUUUUUGUUGUGUAUUUUGUAUUUGUUCAAAUAAUGAUAAAUGUGAUUAAUUUAAGAUGAAA